AUGAAUUCUGUUUUUUCUCAUCCAAUUCUUGAGGAAGUUAAUGAUAAUGUUAUUCAAAACUUAGCAUCAUUAGUUCCACAAUCAAAUCUCAAAAAGUUUGCGCAAUUUGUUAAAAAACCAAGACAAUAUUACUGCGGAUUCCUUAAUGAAUCCGAUGUAAAAGCAAUAAAUAGCUUGAUGGAUCUCAUGUGCCAAGAAGGAACUAAAAGUCUUGAAUCGGAACCACCAGAAGAUGAAACAGAACCAGCUCCUCUAGGUUCUGACGAAAGCCUGUUCUAUAAAGAACAUUUAUCAGUUCCUAGAACUCAAAAAUUCCGUAAAUCACCACAACAAAUGAAAGAAUACUUAGAAGAUUUCGAUGAAAGGAAAAAUAAAUUAUUAAAGAAAAGAAUUACGAUUGACAAGGCACAAUCUGAGGUAGAAAGAAAGGCAGGCAAUGACCUUUAUAACGCACAAUCCUAUUUUGCUUCAUUACAAAAAUAUGAUGUUUCAAUUUUCAUGGAUACAAGUAAUUCAAUGUGUUAUUCAAAUAGAGCUGCUGCAUACAUAUCUUUAUCACAUCCUCAAAUGGCCAUUUCAAACUGUCUUCACGCAAUAAUUUUUGAUAAAAAAUCCGUCAAACCAUAUCUACGGAUUGCAGAUGCGUAUUUAGAUAUGAGAAAAUACGCUAAUGCUCUGCAAUGGUAUAAGAAGUUACAAAAAAUAGAUCCAAACAAUGAAGAUGCAAAAAAUAUGAAUAUUUUGAUAAUUAACAAGAUAAUGAAUGCAGAAUUUAGAUACAAAGAUAAUAAAUUACUUAUUCGAUUCUUUGGAUUGGCUAAUAAGAUUAGAUUACAUGCACGUUCACUUGAUAAACUUCAACCAUUGAUAGACUAUCAAGUAUUGGUUAUUAAUUAA